AUGUUCCUUGGUCCUUCCUUAAUCUCUUGGAAGUCCAAGAAGCAACAAACCGUUUCACAUUCCUCGGCUGAAUCAGAGUAUCGUGCAAUGGAAUUUGCUGUCCAUGAGAUUGCUUGGUUAGUCAAGUUACUUCGAGAGUUUCAGGUACAUCAACCUCAGCCUGUAGCUUUCUAUUGUGACUCUAUUGCAGCGAUUCACAUUGCGAAUAAUGCAGUCUUUCAUGAGAGGACUAAACAUAUAGAGAAUGAUUGUCACAUAGUGCGUGAUCGCAUUGUUAGUGGAUUGAUCAAGACUCUUCAUGUUAAAACAGCUAUUCAGCUAGCUGACAUUUUUACCAAGCCUUUGUAUCCUGCUCCAUUUCACUCUAUUGUUGGCAAGAUGUCUCUAUUGUCUAUAUACUCGCCAUCUUGA